AUGGCACCACGGACUGGAUCCAAGAAAGGACAGAAGGCUGAGCCCGUUGAGAACGCCGAGCCGAGCCCCGUUGACACACAGGACGUUGUACCCAAGGAGCCACCGACGACCAAGCAUGGGCUAGAGGCUGGGGACGACAUCAUGAAGGCCCUCAGCAAGCUGCAGAGAUCCAUCAACAAAACACAAAAGGCUGUGCUGUCACUCCAGGCAACUUCACAGGGGCAGGGAGAGAGUGUGCAACCCGCAAAGCCCAAGAAGGAGCCCAGCGGUUUCGCAAAGCCGAGCCGCAUCUCGAACGAGCUUAGCAGCUUUCUCGGGGUUCCUUCCAAUACAAGGCUUGCUCGCACACAGGUCACAAAGCUCCUGACCGAGUACAUCAAGAAGAACGACCUGCAGUGUCCCGACAACCGCCGCAACAUCCGACUCGAUGACAAGCUCAAGGACCUGCUCAAGGUCCCAGAGGGCACCGUGGUGACGUUCUUCAACCUGCAGAAGCAUUGCAAGAACCACUACAUCUCUGAGGACGAGGAGGUUGCCUCGGAGCUGCAAGCGAUCGUGGCAGACUUCAAAAACAUCUUGCGGGAUACGGAGCCCAAGGCUUUGAAGAAGGGCGCUCUGUCACGCCUGAAACUCAUCGGUGAGCAGCUCGUGCGCAGCAUCGAAGCAGAGCUGCACACUGUCAAGAGGCUGCAGUACAAGGAGACAGAUGACGAGGCGUCUGAUGACUCUGAUGACGAAGCAUCUCUCGGUGGUGAACACCUGCGGACAAUCAAAGACGCCAACAGCGGUUUGAAGAUCCAAACCUCGCCGAUCCCGGGUGCUGGGAAGGGCCUGUUUGCUUGGAGUAAGCACGGUGGGAACGAGAUCGUGUUUGUGCCGAACGAAACCAUAUGCUCGUAUGAUGGGGACGUCAUCUCCCAGGCUGAGUUUGACAGACGCUAUGGGCAAGACACGGGCCCUUAUGUUGCAGGGGGGCAGGCUGGGCUACUCAUUGACGGGGCAUGCAAGCGAGGUGCGGGGACAGUUGCAAAUGGACGGCGGGGACACGUUGAUUCGAACGCACGGUUUUCGAACAGCCAUGCAGGAGGGGUGCAGAGGCUCACGAUAAAGGCGACCAAGAACAUCCGGCACGGGCAGGAGAUCAUUGUACCGUAUGGUGCAGACUACUGGCGGAAACACCGGGGUGUUGCGCGAACAACCCGUUAA